UGCCUACGGUGCAAAAUGGCGACAACGAGUGCAUCGGUAAGAGCGCAGCAGGACCAGAUACAGGCUUCCCGCGGGGCCUCGGCGUAUUUCCAGCUGUUCGACAAGUACACACUCCACGGAGCCGUCCCCCAACGAGAAAGCGGCUGGCUCCUGGGCGAGAAGACCCACGAGAUAAUGGAGGACCUCUCUCCACACGUACCCAUCCGACCUUUCUCUCUGCCCUGCGGCGAAAGAGACCCGUGUGCGUUGUUCAUUCCUCGCGAAAACUCCACUCCGCUACGUCUUGCAGAGCUGAGCCGCAUCCUGUGGGAGCUGUCGGUCGGCGUGUACGUGUUCAACUCGCUACCGAGUAUCUUCCUGCAAGGCAACCACGACCGGAGUAGUUCCGCCGUUAUCCCCGCCGCCUACCGAGACGGGCUGAUUGGAACAGCGCUGUUCGAAGUCGACUACUUCGUCAAAAGUCUCCUGCACGGUACCACCAUUCCUCAGUCCCGACAGAGAGAGGAGAUUGCUGGGAAAUGGAGAAAGAUGCAGCCCAACUCCGUGAGACAGAGCUACAAAGACCUCGGGAUGGUGUACAUGAUAGACGAUCCACAGCUAGGACACGACCUGUACGAACCAAAGAAAAUUCCUUUCGUUCGACACCCUCCAAAGUUUGUUGACUCGGACCUCGCUCACAGUGAGUUGGUCCCCCGAAUUACGACAGGAGAGGAGUUCCAGCAACAAGCUGCUCACGUCAGUCGCGACGUGUUUCUUCGAUACCUCGACACCGUCGGGAUUGGUCUAGUCUUUGUCCAGGAGAGUGUACAGCAAGAUAGCGGGGUCUUUGUUCUCAACCCCACAGUUAGCGUGACUUCGACAGUGUCGUCGAUGACAGAAGACGUCAGUUCAGACUUGCAUCGCCACCUCGCCUGCUACCUGCAGAAUCAGCACGACUUUGUGAUGGAGAACCUGCGGAAGAAGAAAGAGAUCGCUCACUAUAUCGACCUUCUCUGUUUCACGUCGUUCAUGGCACAGUUUCUGGUGACUCUAAAGCACCACAAUAAGACUGUUUCUUUCGCUGAUUUCCCAGAGGCCAAAACUGGCAAAGUUCUCCACACGACUCGAGAAGUUCCUCCAGUUCUACCAAGUGAGAGCACACGAUGGUCUCCCUUCACUGCUUCUGACAGCUUCUCAAGUCUCCAUGGUGGCAUCGUCUUCCAUUUGCCUCAGCUAACACCCCACACUCCAGAUGGUGAUUUCGUGAGAACCUACAAGGAGAUGAAACUGUCUGGAAGUCUAGAAAACCAUAGAGAUCUCGCCACGUGUGAGGUUGCAGGAAAGUCCUACUAUGUCAUGGAGGUAUCUCUGGAGGACUAUUACCUCAGAUCCCCCAAACUGCCUCGCUGGGUCCACUGUAUGACCGCGGAGUUGAGGUCACAGUGUGCCCGACUUCCCUCCCUCAACCCCAGAGUCCAGGAACUGCUGCGGAGGUCGCAUGGCUCAAGAGAAGCUGCUGGGAUGCAGACAGCUCCAGUCCAGCUCCUGGGGGCCGUCAGGAAAGGAAUCCUCCCACUCGUAUCGCUUCUCCUAAAGAGAUGUACGAAAACCCAUUUGAGGAAACUGGACGAAGCCGGCUUGGGACUUGUGCACUACGCAGCAGCUCACUGCUACUGUGAUGUUCUCUCUCUUCUGCUAGUUUCAGGGUGCCCUGUAGAUCAGGCAAUAGAAGGAACAGCUACACAACCAAUCCAUCUUGCCGCACAGUCUGGAGGGUUGGACACCAUCUGCUGCUUGCUUCACUUUGGAGCUGAUGUGUUGGCUUUAGACAGCGGACGAUGGGCACCGAUACACCACUCUGCCUCUCGCAACUUCCACAUAGUCGUCUCACAUCUCUGCAGCAUACAGGACAAGUGUAUAGAUCUCAAGACAGAAGAUGGUAUUGCAGCCACACCACUUCUACUGGCGGCUAAAAACGGAGGGUUCGACACAGUCAAGUGUCUAGUGGGUCUCGGAGCUGACAUCACAGCGAGGGAUGGUAGCGGUCGCGGAAUUGUCCAGCUCUCUGCUCUUCAUCAUCACAUUGACAUCCUGCGAUACCUCGUCGACCUAGCAAGACCCGAUACCCCAGUCUUUCAGCAGUUGUCAGAGAUGUUGGCGGCAGGUGAGACUGGGUUCUCCGAGGCUGCCGCACGAUCCCUGGACCCACUGACACAGUGGAGAACAGAGGAACACGCAGCCGCUCUGCUCACACACGCUGCAAUCCCGGCCCUCGUGCAGCUCCUUGGGAGGAAAUCAGACGAUAAAGUCCAGCACCUCUCUGUGCAAGUCCUCGCAAACAUAUCCUCAGAGUCUUCAGUCAAGUCAGCUCUAGCCAAUGCAGUGCCUGCUCUGGUGGGUCUCCUGGUGUCUUCCAGUGAGAGGGUCCAGGCCUGCUCCUGCCUGGUCCUCUCCGAUCUUGCCAUGACUCCCGACAACCAGGCCUCCAUUGUGCAGGCCGGGGCCCUGCCUCGUCUGGUGAAACUACUCAACUCAGAUGCAGACAACGUCCAGCUUUUCGCUGCAGCAUGUCUCGGGAUCUUGGCCUAUGACUCUCCGUCCAACCAAUCCAGCAUUGCUUCAGCCUCGGGCCUCGAGGCACUAAAACCUCUACUCUCUUCAGAUCUGUCCUGCAUUCAAUCCACCGCAGCCAGCACUAUUAGAGCAGUGGUGGAGGAGAACCGAGCCUGCCAGCUGGGAGCGCUCUCAGUCGAUGUUCUCCCUCAGCUGGUUCACCUCCUGAGAUCUAAGGAGGUCUCGGUACACACCGAGGCAGCGCUAGCCAUCGAAGCAGUGGCAGAGAACUGUCAGGAGGCGCAGCAGGAGCUGCUCGGUAACUCCACAUGUAUCUCGCUGCUCAAGAGACUCCUGAGAAUGAGGAGCUCUAAGGUGGCAGGGGGACGUGCUCUGUGGGCCAUCGCCGGACACCUCAUCAGCAACCAGCGCGUCAUUGCAGCUCACAUGGGGCUGAACCUCCUGGUCAGCAUGCUCACCAUUCACAAUGAGAAACUGGACUUUGUCUGUUCCGAGGCUCUGGGGGCUCUGGCCACAGAGCUAGGGGACAACCAGAAGAAGAUAAUGGAGGUCGGAGGAGUCAAACCUCUGAUAGAGGUCCUCACCAUCCCAACUUCACAGAGAGUCUAUCUCAGCAUCAUUAGCACCAUCUCCAAGCUGAUUGUGAAGCCAGCUCUUCGGCCAAACAAACAGUUGCAGAGAGAGGUUGUGAAGAGCCGAGGAUUGCCCGUGUUGGCUGUGCUGGCAUGCUCACAGCAGUCCACCGAGAUAGUGAGAGUCAGUGCAGGGUGCACUCUGGCCAUGCUCUGUCUGGAGAGCCCGGAAAACGUGGCUUUCCUCAGGUCCAACACAGAAUUCUCGAUGGACAGAAUCUUUGAAUUCUUGUCUUCCUCUGACCCCACGGUGCAGAUGAGAGCAGGGCAGAGUCUGGCCACCCUGGCCUUCAACAACCCCGCGCAGCUGGCUCAACUGAGGCAACGCAGCUCAAUCCACGUCGACUUCUUCCUCUCCUUCCUCCAUUCACAAGACGAGAGCUUCAGAUGCUGUGCGGGGUUCCAGCUGGCAGUUCUUUCCAAGAUUCUGACUGGUAUCGGAGAUGCCGAGGCAGUAGUCAAGAGUAUCAAGGUUCUAAUCAGCCUCUUGUCCUCUGAGACUGAGUCGACACAAGUCCUGUCUGCCUCGUUCAUCGCAUGCCUCGCCCACUCCAGUCCGGGGGUCCCUGAGGCACUCGUCAUGGCCGGAGCCCUUGACCCUCUCAUUAGCAACCUAACGAGUGGGAGCGGCCCUGUAAUUGAGAGCUGCUGUGUCGCUCUGGGUUACUUUUCGUUCCACGUAAUGGCAGCGAGGCUGAUGAAGGGAAUGUUCCGAGACCAGCCUGAGAAGUUUGAAGUUUUCCACGAGUACUGCUCGUCCAUUGCGGUGUCAAAGGAAUUCCUCACUGACUGGCAGUACACUGAGAGAGCAGGGCUACCAGUCCUCAGUCUGGAGUGCAGGGGAGGUCCACCUGCCAAUGAAGGGUGGAAGACCAUUCAUCAACGCAGCUCUUCAAGAGUGAGAGGGACUGGCGAGAAAGGGAAGAUGAAAAUGGCGUCGCUUGCACAGCCGUCAACCCUGACACAGGGUACAGAGUUCAAGUCCCACUCCACACUGCAGAAGGGUUCAACGGCAGCAGAGAGCACAGCAGCUGCCCUACCUCGUCAGGCGGCCCUGCUGACUUUAGUCACCGAGGUCUCGUCUCACACUCCUCGUGGUCCUCUCACUGCCAGGAAGGCGGAGUUAGAGAGGAAGAAGAUGGGGUCAAAGGGUCAUCACCAUAGCGUUCCCAAGGCAACAAACAUCCAGAGCAUCCACAUU